CCUUCUCCGGUGUCGUCGGUUUCGGGUGUGUGCACGAGCAUCUGGCACAUUGUCCAGUAGAAUAUCACACAACAUGCAGGUUCCCCUUUCUCCAGCUGGGCUGUUGCAGCUGCGGCCCCUCUCUCCAGUGGUCCCCUUGACUUGUCUCCUGAUUAGAAAACCAGUGAUUGUCUCUUUGUGAGGGGCUGUGGCCCCCUCUGAAUCCUCCAGCGGAAAACGGGCCCAGUCCUCCUCUUCUGGGGCUCACCUGAAAGAGGCCACAUUGGUUCCUCUGUUGGCCACCAUCAGACCUAAAGGCCUGGCCCCUGUUGUGAUCCUGGUUUCUCCAGCUGUCCUGCGUAUCAGCUCCACGUUCCCUGUUGCCAUGUUUUUGCCGGUAAGAUCUACCAGAGUUUUCCAUAGUGAUCUUGUCAAAACUGUGAAAAUAAAUGGAAGUUAAUGUACAAACACAACUCCCAAAUUACGCAUGGCAAGAAGAGAAAGCGAUAUAAACAGCAGUCUUCUUUCAUGCAUUUAAUACAACUAAUAUUUUUUUGAUCCAAGGUUUCUUCAUCUGUCAAAGUGACUUAACUUACAUUCAGAUUAUUUGAGGUGAAGCAUGGCAUAUUCGCUCAUGGAAAAAACGGGACAUACCACUGAAAAUAUUGGUACCAGUCUUGCAAAGCACCAACUACAGUUUAAUUUUGGCUUCUGUGAACGCAAACAUUCUGGGUUGCAGCUCAUGUUACCCGAACUGGGAGCUUGUUAUGACUCGGGGUUAGCAUAUGCUAUCAUCAUAGCUUUACUUUCCAAUGGUGUUGUUCGCCCACGUUCACGGGCAAAAUCAUCUUCCUAACAAUAUGGGGUCAUCAUAUUAAAACACUGUCCGCAAAAAAAAACAUUGAAUGCCGUUUGACGUGUCUAGAACUUUGGUAUCUCUCUUCUGUUUCCAGUGUAAGCGACGGCUACAGCUCAGCUAACUCGCCGCUAAUGGCUAGCUUUAUCCCGAAUUUGGGUUCUCAAAAUGAACCGUCAUGGGAGAUUAUUUGGAAGUAGUGUACCGAGAAGUUCAAAUACCUUCAGUUGGAGGACGGUGGGCAUAACGGGAAGCUUGAUCAAGUCUGACUCCGCAUGAUUGACUCUCUCACAGGGAGUUUGAAUGGUGACGUAUUUACGGAAACCCGGAAGAGUCAUAUUAAGUGCUUGACCUGAGCUCCUUAAAGGACGGAUUUAUGAAGCACUCCAUGAUAAAAGCUUGAUGAAAACUCUCCUGAUGAAGUUAGCGUGAUCCCUUUUCCCAAGAUGAUCGUACAUUCUGAUUCAGCUUCCAUUAAAAGAUGAAGGAAUCUAUUAAAGAUAGCGCCUCCUGGUGGGCGUGCAUGAGAAUGCAAAUUGAAGUGAUCAUUACAAAUGAUAGGGAUAAAGACAAAUGAAUGACUAGUAUGACAGGCAAUAUGCUACUGUAAUGUUGCUGUUUACACACGGGUUUGAAAUACUUGACAAUUCAUUCCACGUUUAUUGUAUGUCAUCUAAUACACUUACAUUUGGGCUCAGGAUGUUUAGUAACGUUCAUGAAUUUAUUUAACUAUCCUAAUACGCUUUUUUUAUUUCAUGGUCGUAAAUUUCCGUCACAUAUGGUCAUUUCGGGGAUAAUUGGGACUAAUAAUUGGUUGUCCUCGGUAACCAAGGAAACCGCUGAUACAGGAGCGGGGAAGACCCCGGGAAUAUUGCGUCACACAGUGAACCCCGCCCACCUUUCUAUUCGGCUUCAUGUGAGGGGCCAAAUCUGUGUUUACUACUUGGCUAUGCAGCUGAAGUGGCUGCAUAAGCGCCCGGUUCCCAGUUAAUGAUGACGGACGAGGGUCGGUCCGAGUCAGAUGAAGCUGUAGAACCGACCCAGCAGCGAAGCAGGAAGCAGAAACUCAUCAUCAGAAUGAAUGAUUCUGGUUUCGAAGAAGAUUUGGGCUCACCUCCAGAACCGCCUGGCCUCCGGGUACGUUUAAAAGAACAGUUUCAUUCUGGGGGUCAGUUUUCUAGUUGGUAUCGUCAGUACGGAACCAUCGGCUACAGACUUCAGAGAGAGAAAGAGGCGACCUUCCACCCCUGCAGAAGUCUGGCCCGACAACCGCAACUGACGUCCGAGUCCCGCUGCAAACUUAUCAGCUGGCUGAUUCCUGUGCACAAACAUUUCCGGCUGUCCUUUGAGUGCUGCUGCCUGGCGGUGAACAUCAUUGACAGGUUCCUGGAAACUACACCCGUCGCUCCUGACUGCUUCCAGCUUGUCGGUGUCACUGCUCUUCUCCUGGCCAGCAAAAAGGUGGAGGUGUGUUCCCCCAGAAUCACGCAUCUUUUGUCUCUUUGCUGUGAUGUCUUCACUCGUGAGCAGCUUUGCAACCUGGAGUGUCUGAUUCUAAUGCGCCUGGAUUUCCACCUGAGCUCCCCGACUCUUGCCUUCUUCCUGGACUACUACACCAGGAGUGUGGAAGAGGUGGAAAGAGACUCAGAGAUGACCCAGAGAAAUCACUUCUGUGAUGUUGCUCAGUUGGUGUGUGAAUUAAGCCUUGCCGACUAUGCCUUCAACAAAUAUCCACCAUCUUUAAUAGCUCGCUGUGCACUGAGGCUGGUCAGUGAAAUGACUAUGACAGAACACAGACUUUUAGAACCUAUCGCACACCCUUUGUUUCGAUCAGAUGGUGAUGAAACAGAUAACAUUUGGGAGAAUAUUGCUGAACACUCCAUCAGAGAUGGUACUUGUCCCAUGAAGGAGAACCACAGUCUGGCACAGGAAUGCAAAGACAACCUGAAGCUGUUGGUGUCGCUUAAUCAGGAGUCGCUCAAUUUAUUGCUGAAAAUGUAAUGUGAUGUUUAAAUAACUGCUGUUGUAAUUGUAAUCCACUUUGAAGAUGCAACGUGGCCGAUGCACAAUGAUACUCGGGGUUUACAACCAAUGUUUGUUUUUGCAGCAAUAUUUUACCUUUAUAAAUGCACUGCUACUUUACAAAUGACUUGUUGCUGUUUUACUUCAAUGUAUGAGAGCUGUUUUUAAAACAAGACAAGAAAAACAAUGUGUACAAAGUUCUUUUCAAUGCAGUUGGUUAUCAAUA